CUUCAUAUAUAAAUUAUUUAUAUUUUUCCAGUGGAGACCAUACCGAGACAGUAGACAUUGAUUUCGAUCCACAGAAAACCUCAUACGAAACCCUGCUCAACUGUUUUUGGAAAUGGCAUAACCCCACUACAUCCCAUGGACGGCAGUAUAUGUCCGCCAUCUUCUACCAUGAUGCCGAACAAAAACAACUGGCUGUGACAACGAGAGACAAACAUCAGAAACACCUUGCUCGGCCAAUUGCGACUGUUAUUACCAAAGCUCUACCUUUUUACAAUGCUGAAAAUUAUCACCAGAAGUACCAACUCCGCCAUUACCCGAAGGUUCUGGACGCGUUGAACCUGACAGAUGAAGAAUUGAUAACGUCUCCCGUCGCAUGCAGGUUGAAUGGAUACCUCGGAGGGUUUGGGACAACAGAUGCUUUCCUUGAGGAAAAAGACAGUUUUGGACUCCCAGACCACCUGGCAUCCUACAUCUUAAAAGAAAUAGGGAAAAGACACAGAUAGUAUUCUGAAAAAAAUUAAGUAAACACAGAGGGAAUAUUUAUAAAAUGGUGUACAGUGCGCACUCUUAAGACAGUCAAUAAUUUUAACAUCAUGCCAGAUAGAUUUUUGACAAACAAAAAAUCUGUAUUUAAAUUAUGUUAUUGGCCAUGAGGCUGGAAUUAGAAUUAUGAAAAAUUAAUUAAUUUCCAAUCUUCGAUGAAUUAAAAUAAUUUAUCCAUGAAAAAGCAGUGAACUUGAUAUUUGUUACUCUAUAACCCCUACGAACCUUCAUACAUCCAUUCGUUUCUUGGACAGUGACUUUCAUACCUCAUCCACAUGUACCUGUGAUAUGUAUUUUAAGAUGUUCAAUUACUUGUAUUCAUACCAUGUCAGCUAUGUUAUUAUGAUUGUUGUUGGGGAUAAAUUCUUCACAUCUCAGUUACAUGAUGCGUCCAACAUUCUGACUUGGUGUGUAUCCGACUAUGUACGCUUUCUAUGAUUUUAUUGAUGUUUUGUUGUUUUUCCCUGGUUGGAAUAAAUAAAUCAUAAGAUG